UCGAUAGCUGUCAGUCACGACGGAUCACGCUGCGACAGAUGUGUUGAAGCGCGCAGCUUCCUAAUCAGCGAGGCAAAUUUUCAUCAGCAGUACUUGUUUUAGAACGAAAGAUAGUACGACUCAAUGUAAUAGUCAUAAUGUAUCCUGGAAAGAUCACUAAACCAAGAUAGUUUGGUAUCGCGCUAAUAUUUUCAUCGAUCACUAUGAGGCGAUUAAGAAGAGCUCAAUUUAACCCCAAAGUCAGUUAUAUCAAAUCUCAAUCAAACAAAGACAUCAGGCCUUCAGGACGGUACAAACAGAGCAGCUCAAAUCAUGAAUCAUCAAAAGAAGACGAUCAUAUACUCCAAGAACUGAAUAUUGCAAGUGAAAAAUUAACCAUUCUCAACAGAAUUGGCGAAGGAACAUUCGGAAUCGUGAUGAAGGCAAAUUUAACUGAUUCUGCAGUUGGUAGUAGAGAAGUGGCCCUGAAAAGUGUCAAAGAAACUGGCAAUGGAACUGAUGGUGAAUCAACUUCCAGUCUCCUUAAUGAACUAAAAGUCAUGCGCAAAAUUGGUAACCAUCCUAAUGUGGUGGAUCUUGUCGGUGUUUGUCGUAUAGAGGGCUCACUUUAUAUAGUUACCGAGUACCUUUCAGGGGGGACUCUCUUAGAAUUUUUAAGGCGCUGUCGAUCUACAAAAGGCAACCCAUACGUUGACGUGAGUGAACGUGAGUUACUGUGUCUAGCACUGGGUGUCUGUCAAGGUAUGGAGCAUUUAACUGCAUGUGAACUUAUCCAUGCUGAUCUUUCUGCGAGGAACGUUUUACUAAGCGAUCAAAGAAUUCCGAAACUCACCGACUUUGGUCUGUCUCGCGAUUUCAAAGCCAGUAGAUUAUUAGAUGCCAAAAGCAAAGGACCCCAUGGUAAAUUACCUAUUAAGUGGAUGGCAAUAGAAUCUUUAAGACAUGGCAUAUUUACUAAGAAAUCUGACGUUUGGUCUUUUGGUGUUGUCAUGUGGGAAAUAAUAACAUUAGGGGGUUCUCCAUAUCCCGGUAUACCCGCUCGUAACCUGCUCAAUAAACUUUUAUUGGGAUAUCGAAUGGAAAUGCCAACACACUGUUCCAUCCAAUACUAUGAAAUCAUGAAAAGAUGCUGGGAGAUGGAGCCUUCGUUGAGAAUUGGAUUUUCUGAUGUCGUCAUGUCUCUACAAAAUCUGGUGGAACAGUGUMACAGAGAAAACUACAUACACCUUGAAACAUUGUGUUAUUCUUAUCCAUUCAUGGACCUCAGUCCAAAUAGCAGACACACAUUGGACAAUGCUGAUAACAGCAUUCAGUAAAACUGAAGUAAGCCAGGACUUUUUUAUGUUCAAAUAUUUCUAACUUAUAUUUGUCGACUGUCUUUGUUCUUAGUCAGAUGUUUCGAGACAUUUAAAUAUGCUAUACAUAAACAUAUACGUUUCGCUAUAGAUAUACUAUAAUUUAUGCACAUUGUCUAAUUUUUUAGAGAUUAUUGAGCUUUAUUAUUAGUUUUAUAGCAAUUGCUUGUAAAUAGUUUAUCAGUAUAAAAAUGUAGUCUUCGUUAUCCUAGCCAUCAGUGCACUUGGUGUAUUCGCUAAUGAUUCUGCUAAUUUUAGAAGACCUUGAUUUCAAUAAUAAUGAUCGCUUUUACAUCAUCAGAAAGUUAAUAAAUUUUGCAAUUAGAUCAUCAUAUUAUAAUUGUAAAUUAUCUAUACGUAGCUAGAUUUACGAUUGUAUUUCGGGAAAAAAACUCAAUAAUGUUAUUAUUAUAAUUGCAAGUAAUCGCUGUAUCCAACCAUGACUUAAAGAUGGUAUUAAAACUGUGUCCAAAAACUGUCA